GGUGAGGCUGUUUGGUUGAAAAAAAUGGGCAAAAAGGGCCGGAGUCUGGAAAGAGUCUGAGCUGAUGGCAGAUCUGUGCGGCGGAUAAGCAUCGCGCCAGCGGGUUUUUGCAAAACCUCCUCUUCUUCUGCGGGAAUGAGAGCGGAAAGCAGCGCUGGAGGGAAAAAGUUCAGUUUGAGCAGAACUCUUGCGAGGGAGCAGCCUAAUAUGUGGAUGAACUGACAUUUCCUUCUCCACCAGGGCUGAUUACUCAACUUCAACACCGAGCAAAGCGUCGCUCCCCUUGGAAAAAAUGGCCGUCCGUGGCAACUCGCUGAUGCCUUUUUCCAUCCAGGCCAUCCUGAACAAAAAGGACUGCAGCAGACACUUACCAGAGCUGGACGUAUGCUUCUCCAAAGCGGCGUGUUGGAAAAUAUUCGGAGAGAUGAACGACGGGUCCGGGAGGACCGAGGAGGCGUCCUGUGUGCGGACACAGCAGAAAAGUUACGACUCGGACUCCGGACUCAGCGACGACAACGACGGAAAGACUCAAGCAACGCGCAAGCCGGAGAGGGACGGCGAGCCGGGAUCAGACGUGCCGGAGGAGAGCCUGCAGGAGGAGACGGACCAUGAGUCUGCGGCUGCGGAGAAUGCAAAGAGUGACAGUGAGCCCAACAAUACUACGGACUCCAGCAACCCAGACGAGAAGAACCUGGAGCAGCCCAAGCAGCGGAAGAAGCGCUCCAGAGCCGCCUUCUCCCACGCACAGGUCUUCGAGCUGGAGCGCCGCUUCAACCACCAGCGGUACCUCUCCGGGCCCGAGCGGGCGGACCUGGCGGCCUCCCUGAAACUAACAGAGACACAGGUCAAGAUCUGGUUCCAGAACCGCCGCUACAAGACGAAACGCCGGCAGAUGGCCGCAGACUUGAUGGCAUCCACCCCGGCGGCCAAAAAGGUAGCGGUGAAGGUUCUAGUGCGGGACGACCAGAGACAGUACGGCCCCGGGGAGAUCCUGCGGCCCCCGCUGCUCUCCCUGCAGCCUUCCUACUAUUACCCGUACGCAUACUGCCUCCCUGCGUGGACACUGUCUGCGUGUGCGGGGAAUCAGUGAGAACCCUGAGACUUUUAUUUAUUAUUCAUUUGUUUGCUUCUCUUCCCGGGAACCAACAUAACUUUACGUUUUUUUUUUCUGACAAGAAGAAGAGCCCUGAGGGGAAAGUUAAUCAGCUCUGCGUCCCUGAUUUGUCUUCGGGUUGUUUCUAGACUUUUUUUUUACACUCUCAAAUACUUUAAAUAAUAUUUUAGUAAGAGUCUGUGUCUGAUCUGCAGAUGUCCUUAAAAACUAUCUGGAAUGAUAUGAAAAACUGAUUUGUGUCAUUUUAUCUCGAUGCUGGGACCCCCUCAAGAACCCUAUAGACUUAAAAUGACACCUCAUAUGAUUUUACAUGCGCCUUCCUACCUCUGCAGUGAUUGGAAAUAGAUAUAUUCCGUUGACAUUUUUUAAAACGAGCAACUCUCUGUUAGAGAUUGUGUUUUGUUUAUUAAUUUUUUGCUGUGUUUGUAAAGGUAAGAUAUUUAAGCACUUUUGAGCAUAUAUGUCAUUUUUCUUCGUGCAAAAUGCAUGCAGCGCGCAUGUUCGGGUUCGGACUUAAAAGAAAGGCUUGUUGGGCCUGAGAGUGGCACGAAGCGACUUCUGACUGAAAUUUGCAUGUUUUUGUGUUGAAUGGUUGUUUAGAUGGAAUAACAUUAAAACAUAUCAGGCAUUAAUUAUUGGAUCUGGAUGCGAUUUGUUUUGUUUUGCGUUCUUUUACUUGGAGCAACGUAGAAAACAAGAAUGUUUUCCAACAUUUUGGAGCGUUUUUCCGUUUUUACGCACACAUUAAUUUGCAACUUGGUCAGGUAAAAUGUACUCAUGAUCAGUAAUACUAAUUACUAGUUCUCUAGGUUAUAUUCUUUAGUUUAUUAUAUACCCACCUGCAGUGACCAGGGCGAUGAACUGAUUUGGUUAAAUCAUUUCCAUGCCUUGAAGUGAGUUUUCUAUGUUUCCUC